UUUGUUCUCGAGAUAAUGGCCAGAGAGAAACUACAUUUUUGGUUCGCUGUAAUCGUCUUCUUGGCGAUUCUGGCUUCGCGCUCUUGGGCGUUUACGGAUACGAAUGAUGUCAUGGCGCUUGAAAAUCUGUAUAUAGCUCUGAAUAAGCCCCCUCAGCUGAAGGGGUGGAGGUUGGAUGGAGGAGAUCCAUGUCAGGAGUCAUGGACUGGAGUGUCUUGUCACGAAUCGUCUGUAAUCUACCUCAACCUUCAGGGACUAAGCCUGAUUGGGUACCUUGGAACCCAGCUCCAUAAUCUUCAUAACUUGAAGCAUUUGGAUGCUAGCUCCAAUAAUAUUAUGGGUGAAAUUCCAUAUUACCUACCUCCUAAUGCCACUCGCAUCAAUUUAGCAUUCAACAACUUGAGUCAUAAUUUACCCUAUACUUUAUCAAGCCUCCAAGAACUCCGACAUUUGAAUCUAAGCCACAAUUCAUUAGAUGGACCCAUUGGCAAUGUUUUCAGUGGCCUGAAAAAUCUAAAAGAGAUGGAUCUAUCAUACAAUUACUUCGCUGGAGAUUUACCUACUUCUUUAGGAUGUCUGACAAAUCUUACUAGAUUGUUCUUGCAGAACAACCAAUUCACUGGAUCAGUUAUCUACCUGGCUGAUCUUCACCUAAUUGACCUAAACGUCCAAUCUAAUCAUUUCAGUGGUGUUAUUCCAACUCAAUUUCAAUCCAUACCAAAUCUGUGGAUUGAUGGGAAUAGGUUCCAUAUGGGAGACAACUAUCCACUCUGGAAUUUUCCUCUGGAAAAUGUAUCCAUUGGGAAAAAUUUUAGUGGACCCCCAACAACAGAGUCAAGUGCCAUUGAGAACUAUUUCAAUCCUGAGGCAGCUGAACACAAGAAGAAACGGCUAGGCCCCGGAGGAAUAGCUUGUACCAUGGGUGCAGCAACUCUUAUAGCGACUUGUGUAGCAAUUUUUGUUGCAAUCCGCAUUAGGCGAUCCCAUGUUUUUCCGGUCACUAAAGACUCUUCUCUAACCGCAAGUGAAGCAAGGCCACAGCUCUUGCCAGUCAAAUCUCCGCCUACAGUUGGCCCAAGACAUAUACCUCCUGCUUGCAGUGCAAGAACUGAGAAAAUUUCCAGAAGAAGAAGCUUUGCUAUGAAAUACAAAGCUCCAGCAAGUGCUAAAAUUUUUACUCUGGCAGAGCUUCAAUUAGCGACAAACAAUUUCAGUGAAGAGAAUUUACUAGGAGAGGGAUCUCUUGGUUCUGUUUACAAAGCCAAGUUCUCUGAUGGCAAAAUAAUGGUUGUCAAAAACGUCAGCAUGGUAUCACUAUCUUUCCAAGAAGAAGAACAAUUCUUAGAUGUGAUUUGGACUGCAGCCAGACUGAGGCAUCCUCACAUUGUAACACUUAUUGGCUACUGUGUAGAAAAUGGUCAUCAUCUCCUUGUGUACGAGUAUAUAAAAAAUUUAAAUCUCCAUGAUGUUCUUCAUGGUGAAGCAUACAAACCACUGCCAUGGACCAUUCGUAUUGGUAUUGCACUUGGUGUUGCUCGGGCUCUGGACUACUUGCAUUCUACUUUCUCCCCUCCUAUUGCCCACGGCAACAUAAGGGCCGCCAAUAUCUUACUCGAUGAUGAACUUAAGCCUCGUCUCUGUGACUGUGGAAUUGCAAUUUUGAGGCCAUUGGCAACCAAUAGUGUUAAACUUAAGGCUGCUGAAUUAGCUAUUGGUGACACUGGCUACAUUGCACCUGAACAUGGGGAACCAGGAACAGAUAACACGAAAUGUGACAUAUAUGCCUUUGGGGUCUUGCUUUUGGAGCUUUUAACAGGGAGGAAACCUUUUGAUAGCUCAAGACCAGGAGAAGAGCAAUCCUUGGUCAAAUGGGCCUCAUCUCGUCUUCAUGAUGGUGCAUAUUUGGCACAAAUGGUUGAUCCAAAUAUCAGAAGAACAAUCACUCCCAAGGCUGCCUCCCGAUUUGCAGAUAUCGUCUCUCUCUGUGUUCAGCCUGAGAAGUUAUUCCGGCCACCAAUGUCUGAAAUUGUGGAAUCACUGACAUCCAUGCUGCUAAAAUUCUCCUAUGCAACAAGCAGUGCUUUAGACGGUACCUUGACUGCCUUCCGUACAACCCGCUCUCGCUUCGUGAGCUCUCCCACGGUCAACUGA